UAGCUCCGUUUUAUUUCCAUGGCUACCUUGGGACGAGAAAAUCAAUCCACCUGAGGUAAGCUCGGCCGCCGAGCCAAGAUGCCGGCAGGAGGAUUCUCGGCGUCUUCGGCGCGGCCGUCCGGCAUGGAGUUUGAGGCCAAGAUCACGCCUAUGGUGGUCACCUCCUGCGUCACGGCGGCCACCGGCGGGCUCAUGUUCGGCUACGACAUCGGCGUCUCUGGCGGGGUGACGUCCAUGGAGGAUUUCCAGCGUGAGUUCUUCCCGACGGUGCUCCGCAAGAGCCGCAAGAACAAGGGGAGCAACUACUGCCGAUACGACAGCCAAGGCCUGCAGCUCUUUACCUCGUCCCUCUACCUCGCCGGCCUCGUCUCCACCUUCUUUGCGUCCUACACCACCCGCCGGCUCGGCCGCCGCGCCACUAUGCGCAUAGCCGGCGCCUUUUUCAUCGUCGGCGUCAUUUUCAAUGGCGCUGCACGGGACCUCGGUAUGCUCAUCGUCGGCAGGAUCCUGCUUGGCUGCGGCGUUGGCUUCGCCAACCAGGCUAUUCCUCUGUUCUUGUCAGAGAUCGCACCGACUACAAAUCGUGGUGGCCUCAACUCCCUAUUCCAGCUAAACAUCACGGUCGGCAUUUUGUUCGCCAACCUCGUCAACUAUGGCACUAACAGGAUCCACCCUUGGGGAUGGCGUCUUUCUUUGUCCCUCGCGGGAUUCCCGGUUGUGUUGUUCACCCUAGGUGCAUUCUUCAUGGUCGAUACACCCAAUAGCCUCAUUGAGCGCGGUCGUCAAGAGGAGGGCAAAGUUGUGCUCAAGAAGAUCCGCGGCACCGAAAACGUGGAGCCAGAGUUCAAUGAGAUCGUGGAGGCCAGUCGCAUCGCCCAUGACAUCAAGAACCCAUUUCGCAGCCUCCUACAACGCCGCAACCGUCCCCUUCUCAUGAUCACCAUCCUCCUCCAGAUGUUCCAGCAAUUGACCGGUAUAAACGCCAUCAUGUUCUACGCCCCGGUGCUGCUCACCACAUUGGGAUUCAAGACCGAGGCUUCAUUCUACUCGGCAGUGAUCACGGGGGCAGUGAACGUAUUGUCAACGUUUGUAUCAAUGUACGUUGUAGACCGAGUGGGGAGACGGAUGUUGCUGCUGGAUGCCUGAUACGUCUCCAACGUAUCUGUAAUUUUUGAUUGCUCCAUACUAUAUUAUAUUCUAUUU